UUUGAUCUAAAACUUUGUACAAAAAUCCAGUGCUUCUAUACAGCUUGAGCAGGGCUACCACGUAAGGGAAGAAUAACUCGUGGGACUGAAGUAACCUCUCAGUGAGGUUUUCUGUAACAUACUGAGSAGGAAGGUGACAGCCAUGAAAUGAAGGAAUGCAGAUAAUAAGAACUGUUUCCAGCUGUCACAAAUUACUUGAUCUUUUCAUGACCUCUAUAAGUUUCAUAUAAAGGAGUUUUAACAUCCAAGUGGCUACUAAAAUUCACAGGAACUCUGAAACAAUGUGAUUUUUGUUGUGACAUUAAUUCUUUGAUGUCCGUGCUGUUGUGACCUGCAGUGAUUUCAUGGUCAAAGUUGUGGAGGUGACUGAUAGCAGCAAGCAGAAAACAUUCCGAGGACAUGAUGCUCCUGUUUUAAGCCUUGCUUUUGAUCCCAAGGAUGAUUUCCUGGCAUCCGCAAGCUGUGAUGGAUCUGUCAGAGUAUGGAAAAUUGCAGAUCAGACGUGCRUGACAAGCUGGCAGCUGCUGCAGAAAUGUAAUGAUGUGAUAAAUGCUAAAUCAAUAUGUAGGCUUGGCUGGCAACCUGGAAGUGGGAAGUUCUUGGCAGUUCCCGUAGAUAAAGCCAUCAAGCUAUACAGAAGAGAAACCUGGGAUAACCAAUUUGAUCUAUUGGAUGCUUUUGUCACACAGCCCUUCAACGUUGUGGUCUGGUCUCCUUGUGGGCAAUACCUGGCAGCUGGAAGUGUGGAUGGGAGUAUAGUGGUAUGGAAGGUAGCGACCCAGGAGUGCAUAGAGAGGAUGAAACAUGAGAAAAAAUACACUAUUUGUGGACUGGCAUGGCACCCAAAAUGCGGGCAAAUCGCUUAUACAGACACUGAAGGAAAUCUGGGGUUGCUGGAAAAUAUUGGUGAUGGAAAGAAAUCAAAUGCUAAGGUCACCAGUGCAGCAACAAAAGACUAUGAUGAUCUCUUUGAUGGAGAGGAUGAUGACUACUUAAAUGGAGAUACGAUUGAACCAGAGUCUUCCCCAAAGGCUGUAGCUAACGAAGAUGGUGGUGAUGAGGAUGAUGAUCUUGUGUCUGCUUCAGGCCACCCAAGACGGACAAUAAUUGAUGAUGAUGAUAAUUCACUAGAUAUUGGGUUGAUAAAAGCUAAUUCUAAUCUCCUUGAAAAGGAGGAUGAAGAUGAGGAUCAGGCUGCUGGCUUUUCAGAUUUACCAGCAUCAUCUACUCAACGGCCUUUCUAUGAUGGGCCAAUGCCAACCCCCAAGCAGAAGCCCUUCCAGUCUGGCUCUACCCCUGUGCAUCUCAUGCAUCGCUUUAUGGUAUGGAAUUCUGUUGGUAUCAUACGCUGUUACAACGAUGAGCAAGACAAUGCUAUAGAUAUAGAAUUUCAUGAUACCUCCAUACAUCAUGCGACACACCUGCCAAAUUCUCUGAAUCACACCAUGGCUGACCUUUCCACUGAAGCUAUUCUGUUAGCCUGUGAGAGUACAGAGGAACUGGCCAGCAAGCUCCACUGCAUUCAUUUUAGCUCCUGGGAUGCAAACAAGGAGUGGACAGUGGAUAUGCCAGAGGGAGAAGACAUUGAGGCAAUUUGUCUUGGUCUUGGCUGGGCUGCUUGUGCCACUAGUGCCCUGCUAGUCCGUGUCUUCACCGUUGGAGGGGUUCAGAAAGAGAUCUUUAGUCUACCAGGUCCCGUGGUAUCUCUGGCAGGACAUGGAGAGCAACUGAUGGUUAUUUAUCACAGAGGUACUGGGUUUGAUGGGGAUCAAUGUCUUGGAGUGCAGCUGCUGGAACUAGGAAAAAAGAAAAAACACGUUUUGCAUGGAGAGCCUCUUUCUAUUACAAGGAAAUCCUAUUUGACAUGGAUUGGAUUCUCAGCAGAAGGUACCCCCUGUUACGUGGAUUCAGAGGGGAUCGUGCGGAUGUUGAACCGAGGAUUUGGGAAUACCUGGAUUCCAGUGUGCAACAUGAGAGAGCAUUGCAAAGGGAAGUCUGAUCAUUACUGGGUAGUUGGCAUCCACGAAAAUCCCCAGCAGCUCAGGUGUAUUCCUUGCAAAGGAGCUCGCUUCCCACCUACGCUCCCACGUCCUGCUGUAGCMAUAUUGUCUUUUAAACUUCCUUACUGUCAAGUUGCAACAGAAAAAGGGCAGAUGGAGGAACAAUACUGGCGUUCUGUUGUAUUUCAAAACCAUAUGGAUUACUUAUCAAAAAAUGGCUAUGAAUUCAAUGAAAUGGCUAAAAAUCAGUCAGCAAAAGAACAACAAGAACUCCUAAUGAAACUCUUUGCCCUUUCUUGUAAACUGGAGCGUGAAUUUCGUUGUAUGGAGCUUGCUGACCUCAUGACACACAACGUUGUGAAUUUAGCUAUCAAGUAUGCCUCUCGCUCCCGGAGACUGAACCUGGCCCAGCGCCUUAGCGAAGUGGCCGUGGAGAAAGCAAGUGAAUURGCGACAGCAGUGGAGGAGGAAGAGGAGGAGGAAGAGGAUUUCCGAAGUCAUUUGAACGCCCGUUACAGCACUUCUGCCACAGAGUGGAGUCGCCUGCCUGGCAGAAAUGUUCGGCAGGACCAAGAAAUGGARGAGGAUGAGGAAGCUGAUGCACAUGAGGAAGCAGAAGAAACACCAGAGGCACAUAAAGAGAGGCCAAAUCCUUUCUCCAAAGGCGUUGCCUCAAGAGAGGCGAUUACUCCUAAGUCUGCUGUAAUUUCAUCAAGCAGCCAAGGACGAGUGAAUCCCUUUAAGGUGUCAUCUAACAAAAAGGAACCAGUGGCUCCCUUGACUAAUAUUCUAGAUUCCAUGAGCAAAUACUCAAAGAAAACUUCUUCGUCCAGCAGUCGGGUUGUGAGCAAGGAGAAGUCUGAGGUUAUAAAACCUCUCGUUCCCAAACCAAAGUCCAAGCAGGUUUCAGCAGCCUCCUUUUUCCAGUCUCGUACACUUAACUCUAGUGAAAAAGUAGCGGAAGAGAGAGAAGAAAAAUCUGAAUAUGAGUCUCCCGUUGACAAAGUUGCUGCACAGGAGAACACUGAAAACAAAAGACCAAAAACAGGUUUCCAGUUAUGGCUAGAAGAGAACAGAGCAAACAUUUUAACAGAUAAUCCUGAUCUGAAUGAAGCAGAAGUAAUAAAGGAAGGCAUGAAUCAGUUUAGAAUACUGUCGUCAGAAGAAAGAAUGGUAUGGACUGAGAAAGCAAAAGGAGGAGUGGCUAAUGAUUUAACUGAUGCUAAAAAGCGAAAGCGUCCUGCAGCUGGUGAAGACGAGGGGAAAAAGAACCAGGAAGAAAAAUCAGAGGACUCAAAUUCAUCCAAAAAAAUAAAACCUUCAGAUCAAUCUACAAAUGUCAGACUGUCAGCUUUUGCAUUCAAGCAAAGCUGAACAAGGUGAUACCUUCUCAGCAUGUUUUCUCAAAACGUUGGGUUGCUCUAUAUUGACAAAUUUUCCUCUGUGCUCCUAGAGCAUUAGCAGAAAGAGUGCCUUGCCCUCGUC